CGUGGGCAACAUCUCACGUCCUGGUGUCAGUGUUAUUAUUCUGUCAAAAUUUGAAAUAAUACUGCAUUGAUUCUUUUUGUUUUUUAGUGAGUUUUUUGUUAUAAUUCACGUGUUAACAUCGGUGCGUUUUAUAUUGUGUGGUGAUUAACAUUUAAUUAAUUGUUGAUUAAAUCUUCAAACGAUUGUCCUUAUGAAUGAAAUAAUUAAAAAUGAAUGAAGAUCUUAUGCAACGAAUUAAAAAUACUUUACAAUCAGAAUCAUAUUUUAUGAAUGAUACUUGGUUAAGAGAUUGUAUAGAAUAUUUCACUUCAGAAAAUAACACACUAGUGUACAAUGAAAUAUUAAAAUUUGUGAAAACGCAAUGGCAAUUAAGUGAUUUACGUGAAAUCAACAAUGAUAAUGGAUGUCUACCAAGGGAUCUUAAUAAAUAUAUGUAUAAGGUCUUACACGGAUCUUAUAUUCUUCAGGUGAACAAAAUGUAUGAUAUAUCAACUUCAAAAUAUAAGCAAUUAGAACGAAUACGUAAUGUUUCUAAUGUUAAUAUAGAAGCAACGGAAGAUGUCAAACCUCAAAUGUGGGAGCCUAAAGCUAAGAGGAUGCUUCUAUUACAUCUAACGGAUGGUUUACAAGAUGUUAUUGGUAUAGAAUACAAAACCAUUUCAUCCUUACAAGAUACAUUAAUACCCGGAUAUAAAAUAAUGAUCAUUGGACCAGUGACAUGCAGAAGAGGUGUUAUUUUAUUAGAAGCCACUAAAUUCAAAGAAAUUGGAGGAGAGGUUGAAAGUUUAUCUAUCAGCAAUGCAUUAGAAAAUGUUCUAGCUCGUGCUUUGAAUUGUCCAGAAAAUCCAGAUCCAUAUAAUGAUAAAGACAGUCAGGAAAUUAAUAACACACCGUUGCCUGCUACAAAUGAUUUUUUUGAAGAUGAUUUUGAAGUCAAUUUGGAAGAACUUACACAAAUUGAACAACGCAAUCAGGAAAUGAAUAAUAUACGAAGUACAAAUAAUGCAUUAAAUUCUGCAAGUACGCAGAAUAAUUUAUCUAAUCGAUUGAACAUCACGCAACCAACUUUUGUCAAUUCGAUAAAUCCAAUUAAUGAUAAUAAUAUGUAUCAAAGUAAUAAUAUUAGUGAAGCUUUAGAUAUGGAUGAUGAGUUGUUAGAAAUGAUUGAAGAAGAUCAAUUUAUCACAUCUACUUCAUGUACGUCUACUACAAAUACAUUUAAGAAUACUGAAAGCACGGAUAGAGAAAAGAACUUGGUCAAAUCUUUUCGAGUAUUACCUAAAGAAGAUAAUGAUUAUAACAUGGAAGACAAUAUUGUAGUAGUGAAAGAUAAAGAUAAUUGGAUAGAACCCUUUAACAAAAAAGAUAAUAUUAAAGAAGAAAGUGAUAUAUAUUUUCCAGAAGAUGAUUUUAAUUUUGAGGAUUUAGAUGCAAUCGAAAUAGCGGAAACGAAGCCGCCUACGAUACAAGAAACUACAGAAUCUGAUGUAAAAGGGCAUUUUUUACCAAGCAAAUUGUUUCUGAAAAAUACUAAUACUGUUAAAAGCAAAAAUUCUUGUGAGACAUUUAAAUUGAAGACAAAUAGUACUAAUGGAAACAAAGCAUCUACUAGCAUGCAAGUUGAUUCUCAAAAAGAAAUUGGAAUUAAAAGACCUGCGGCAUUAAUAUCACCAUCGCUUAUAAAACCGAAAAAAAGUUGUAUUAAAGAAACAUCAAGUCAAGAGAAAGGUGUUAGAAAAAUUUCCGACUUUAUGAAAAAUAAUCAAUUUCAAGAAGAAAUACCAGCGAAGAUUUGUGAUUUCAUUUGCGAUAUUAUCAAUGAAAUAGUUGAAGAGAUAACAUUUAAAACUGUACGAGGACAAUUCAUCACAUUUGGUAAAUUAUCGAAGAAAAAUCUUUGUUGGCAAUUGGAUGGAACGAUAUCUGAUAAAACUGCAGCAUUAGAUGUUGCUGUUGCUUCUGAGUUUUCUCAAAAAAAGAAACUCGCAAAAGUCAACUGUAAUGUAGAACAUGAAUUAAGAAUGGCUUGCCGUAAUGCGGAACAAAAAUUGAAAGAAUUGGAUGCGUUAUUAGAAUUAGAAUUAAAUCCAAAUCAAAAAGCAAAAGUUGUAAAUAUUAGGCCUUUAACUGAUCAACAAAGGAUAUUAAUUGAUAAAAGAUUAAAGGCAUUGAAGAUUUAAAUUACAAUCCUAUUUUAUAUUAUUUAUACUAUUAUUAUACAAAGCUCUCUUUACAUUUAUUUUUUUAUUUAUUGAUAAACUAUUUAAGUAAGAUAAUGAAUACUUGAAUAUAAUUAUAAAAGACUUGAGAAAUUCUAAAUUUAGUAAGGACAUCGAGAAUUGUACAAAUUAGGGAAAUAUAAUCAUUGGAAUUAAAAAGUGACACGUAAUAGGUAAUUUACUUCAUUAUUUUGAACUUAUUUAAUAUAAAACAUAUUAUAAUGUAAAUGAUAUAACAAAUUACGUAUUUUAGGUAUUAGAAAAUUAACAAUAUUUUGUUUAAAUCGUCAUUUUUCAUAUUUACAUAUACACACACA